AUGGCCCCAAGCUUGGUGGAGUCGAAUAGACUGUAUCUUCAACUGCCUACAAAGCCCAUCCACUGUUUCAAAGAUGCCGUGCAGUUUGAAUUGGGUCAACAUUGGCACCUGAGGCAACAAGUCAGUGAUUCCGUAUCAGUCAGGGGAUCGACUUUCUUGAAAGCCGCUUGGGUCCUUACUCUCCGUUGCUUCGAAGCCGAGGAAGUAAUCAGUAUAAGCUACGAUGAAGAAUUGGGCUCAAAGGCCGGCGACUCAACUGCAUUUACUGUGCGAGUGGAGUCGAGAUGGAAUGUGCCGCUACUUCUUGAAACGUUAGAGACGCAAGAAGAAGCCAAUGUGUCAAGUGCUGGCCCGCAGCUCUCUCAGACUCGUUCUGUCUGCACUGCAGCACUCAGAUACAUAACCAAUUCAAGCCCUUCUUUGACUGCAUUACCUUUCCUCGGUGGAAAGCUAGAACUUGUCGUCAUUGAGAAUAACAGCCGGUUGAUUGCUAGCAUUAGCAGGCCAGGCAGUGUCUCAAGGCAAUUGAAUGAUAGCAUGCUGUGGACAUUUCAGCACGUACUUCGGCAGAUCUUAGCUUGUCCAACGAGUCUCAAGUUAGAAGACAUCGAAUACUGCUCGGGGCCCCACAAGAGAAUAAUCAAGAGCCUCACGAGCACUGCUUCUUUCUCCAGUGAGCAUUGUCUGCAUGAUUUGAUCGUGGACAGUUGUCGCCGGCAUCCCGAAAGGCUUGCUGUCAGAUCGUUCGACGGUGAUUUGACAUACGGUGACUUGGAUAGUCUGUCUCUGCGCCUAGCAUACCAUCUGAAUGACCUCGGCGUGCGGCCCGAGUCCUUUGUGCUCAGUAGCUUUCAGAAGUCAACGUGGGCCAUCGUCGCUAGGUUGGCAAUCCUCCGUGCAGGAGGAGCGUACAUCUCGAUCCAUUCAAGCAACCCACCAGCAUAUCUCAACUCGGUGAUCCAGCGCACCGGUGCCAAGAUCAUGUUGAGCGAUCCCUUUUUUGCAGACAGAUUCUACGACACCAUCGAAACUGUUACUGUAGUCACCCACGAGUGGCUAGAAAGUCUUCCUCUGCCCACGCGGUCGGCCUCGUUGCCGACGGUUCUACCAUCCAACGCUUGCACGGUAUUAUUCACCUCGGGCAGUACUGGCAAGCCCAAGGCCAUUGUGCAAGAACACAAAUCCUAUGCAUCUGCCAUCAGAGAUUAUUCCAGCAACUUUGGCCUCAAUGCAGACACCAGAUAUUUGCAGUAUGAUGACUACGCAUUUGAUAUCAGCAAUCUCGAGUUCCUUGUGCCUCUCAUUCUGGGUGGUUGUUGCUGCGUGCCGGGGCCGAUGAAGACUGUGCAAGAUCUCGCCAAGAACAUAAGCAUACUCGACGCUAACAUCGCCUUCCUCACUCCCACUGUGGCCAUAAAAGCGAACCCUGAUGCGAUGCAAAGCUUGAAGAUCCUGUGCAUUGGCGGUGAGCCCUUGUCGAAAGAUCUAUUGAACAAUUGGGCCGGAAGCUCGACGAAGCUGGUAAACCAGUUUGGAAUGGGUGAAGCAGCAGUGUGUUGUGCAUACAACGACAAUGUCUAUGACCCGAAUAGCUCACCAGCUACAAUUGGACGCUCCUCGAGUGGUGCAAUCUGGAUUGUUGAUCCAACAUGCCCGGCCAAGCUAAUGCCAAUUGGCGCGGUUGGCGAAAUCGUGAUCGAGGGACCUCAUCUAUCUAGGGGCUACCUUGAUCAAGACCAUCAAGCAUCUGAUCGUACAAAGCCCGCUGGAUUCAUGCAAGAGAUUCCUCCGUGGCUAACGGAGCUUCAUCCGAAACGACAGCUCACCCGGCUAUAUCUAUCGGGAGACCUAGCGCGCUGGACUCACGAUGGACGUAUUGAGUACAUCGGGCGCAAAGACACCAUAGUGAAGCUUGAUGGGUGUCGCAUUGAUGUGAUCGAAGUCGAACAUCUCUCGAGAAAAUCACUUACAUCCAAGGACGCCAUCGUGGUGGAUCUGCUCGGCGUUAUCGAUGGCAAAGAAGACCCUUGUCUAGCUGCGUUCUUGUACCUCAGUGAUCAUCCAAACAACUGUGAGGCAACCGAACUCUGUCUGAAAGAUGCAAGCCAGGAUAAGAUCGCCAUUCGAAAGGUCGCACAAAUCAAGGAAGUCCUUGCCAUCUCACUUCCGCCUUAUAUGAUUCCGACCCUGUUUUUACUGGCAACAAAGGUUCCACGUACGCCUUCAAAAAAGACUGACCGUCGAAUGAUUCGCCUACUGGCAUCAAAAUUUUACGUGCAAGAGCGGAAAUUGCGGAGUAGUCCAAAGUUGCGUUCCAGUGAUUCGCAACUUCUCCCUCCUUAA